AUGUAUUGGUGGUUCAAAUGGAUAGUUUUAUUAAGUUUAGCUAUGUGGAUUCAAUACUAUCGUAAUUCAGUUUCGAAAUUACCUCGAACUCGUACAAAAGGUUCAACUCAUAUAACAUCUUCAAAUGUAAAUCUUACCGAAACCUACGAAUUUUAUAAUCGAGCUGAACAGAAUAAAAACGGCUAUUCAGAAUUUAAGCUCACGGUAUAUAGUAAAGGCAUUUGUGGUGACCUUCAAAUUCCACCUUUGAAACGACCAUGCACGCCGUUUUUACAUUUACAUGAUGAUCAAACUGAAAAAUUUACUAUCCUACAAGGUCAGUUUUCUUAUCGAUUUGGUGAGAAAAUAUAUUCGUGUGAUAGUCGUACAUGUCCAUCGCCUAUUAUUAUCCCGCCGCUUGUUCAUCAUACGUUUUGGAUGCAUGAAAAUAAGGAAGAUCUUAUUCUAAUUAUUCAUAUCGAACCGACUUCUAAAGAUCAUGGUCUACGCAUAGAAUCAUUUGAAAAUAUAGUUGGUGUCAAUCGAGACAAACUCAUGAAUCUUUGGCAAGCGUUUGUUUUUAUUGAUAGUAUCGAAACAUAUCCAGUAUUUUUACCAUUACCUUUCGUAAAAGUACUAAUGAAAAUCGGUUCGCUAAUCGGUCGAUUACUUGGUUAUCAAGCAGAAUAUGACGACUAUACAACGAUAGAUUUUUAA